CUUGCCUGGCCCUGUGCUCCCGCGGACCCGCCAGAUUCGUGGGCACUCUGCGGCUCAUGGCGGAGCUCACGCCGCCCGCGUGGAUGCAGGCCAUGUCGGAGACGAAGAGGGGAGCGGACGAGGGCCCGGGCUCGGGGGAAAAACCGUCGAAGCACGCCAAAGGCGGGGCCAAGGGCGACAAGAACGAGAAGGACCUCACCAAGGUCCUCGUGCUCCUCCUCACCAUGCUGUGCCUCGCCUCGGCGCGAGAGCUCGCCAACCUAGCAGGCGCGGUCUACCAGACGUGGGAGCUCCUCGAGACCAGCGACGGGGUCACUCAGCUCAUGAUCAACUCAGGGCUCAAGUACGACGAGAUGUCCAGGCAUAUGAAAGAACGACAACGGGCAGGCGAAAAGGUAGACUUUCGCGCUCGUGGACCUCCGCGCGCACAGCUGUGGGCCGCGGUCUGCCUCAACCGCGCCACCAACGUGGAGACGUUCAUCCAGGGCGGCAAAGAGGAGUACGCCAAGACGGAGGCCAAGAAAUUCAACGGGUACUUCGCGAAGUACAUCCAGAACGCUGCCCCACAGACCGUGGGCAAACAUGCGCUUCACUUUGGAUAUCGGCAGCACAAGGGGCGGAAGUCCGAGACGAGUGGCUCCUCGAACCAGCAGCAGCAGACGAAGAAAGGGCGGCUGACCUUCGCCUCCAGCUACGACGAGCCUGGCAUGAUG